ACUGCAUUGCUUUUAUGCGAGCUUAGAAAAUAUCGUAAGGCAUUAGGAUAUUCGCUAGCUGACAUCCCUGGUAUUUCGCCUGAUUUAUGCAUGCAUAGAAUCCACUUGGAAGAUGAAUCAAUGACUUCUGUCGAACAUCAGAGGAGGUUAAACCCGAAUCUAAAAGAUGUCGUUAAGAAAGAGAUAAUGAAACUUCUUGAAGCAGGUGUGAUCUAUGCGAUUUCUGAUAGUAAAUGGGUCAGUCCUGUUCAUGUUGUACCUAAGAAAGGUGGGAUCACUGUUAUCACAAAUGAAAAGAAUGAAUUGAUCCCUACUAGGACGGUGACAGGACAUCGCAUGUGCAUAGAUUUCAAGAAAUUAAAUGCAGCAACUAGAAAGGAUCACUUCCCACUCCCUUUUAUUGAUCAAAUGCUUGAGAGAUUGGCUAACCACCCAUAUUACUGCUUUUUAGAUGGUUAUUCAGGUUUCUUUCAGAUUCCCAUCCAUCCAGACGAUCAGGAGAAAACGACGUUCACAUGCCCCUACGGAACGUACGCUUACAGGAGAAUGCCAUUCGGCUUGUGCAAUGCGCCAGCAACAUUCCAGCGCUGCAUGAUGUCGAUCUUUACUGACCUGAUUGAAGACAUUAUGGAAGUUUUCAUGGACGAUUUCAGCGUCUAUGGAAGCUCCUUUAAUGUCUGUUUGUCAAACUUGUGCAGGGUUCUUAAAAGAUGUGAGGAGAAACACCUCGUACUCAACUGGGAGAAAUGCCACUUCAUGGUCACAGACGGGAUUGUUCUAGGGCACAAGAUCUCCGAGAAAGGAAUUGAGGUGGAUAAGGCAAAGAUCGAAGUGAUGAUGAGUUUGCAACCACCAACAAACGUGAAGGCCAUCAGGAGUUUCUUGGGUCACGCUGGGUUUUACCGACGGUUUAUCCAGGAUUUCUCAAGGAUAGCAAGACCACUCACCAGACUGCUCUGUAAGGAGAUCAAGUUCGAUUUCGACAGUGAGUGUCUAGCUGCUUUCCACACCAUCAAGGGAGCUCUAGUCAGUGCACCUGUUGUGCAACCACCAGACUGGGACCUACCCUUUGAAAUCAUGACUGAUGCAAGCGAUUUUGCAGUUGGAGCAGUACUUGGGCAGCGUAAGGACAAGAAACUUCAUGUGAUCUAUUACGCUAGCAAAACUAUGGAUGAAGCUCAGUGCAGAUACGCUACAACUGAGAAAGAGCUUCUGGCUAUUGUUUUUGCUUUCGAAAAAUUUAGGUCCUACCUAGUGGGAUCUAAAGUGAUUGUGCACACAGACCAUGCUGCUCUUAAGUACCUGCUCACAAAGAAAGAUGCGAAACCGAGGUUGUUAAGGUGGAUUCUUCUUCUCCAAGAAUUUGAUCUAGAGAUAAAAGAUAAGAGAGGUGUCGAGAAUGGGGUCGCUGACCAUCUGUCCAGAAUGAAGAUUGAGGACGACACAACUCUUGAUGAGGAACACCCAGUUGAACACGUCAACGCGAUUGGUCUGUGUUACGCGGAACAAUCUCUAAGAACCAUGUCAGACUGUUCCAGCAUCGCGGAACAACCUCCGAGGAAGGCGUCCGAUUGUUCUCACAUCUCGAAACAUCCUGUCGCCUUGAUCCAAAAGCAAUAUCCUUACCUCCCAUGGUUUGCUGAGAUUGCUAACUAUCUAGCUGCUGAAAAGCCACCACUUAAGUUCACAGGAAACGACAAGAGGAAAUUCCUGAGAGAGGCGAGGCGUUAUGUUUGGGAUGAACCGUUCUUGUACAGACAAGGCAAGGAUGGUUUGUUCAGAAGGUGUGUUCCAGAGGCAGAUAUCCCAGGAAUUCUGCACCACUGCCAUGGUUCAUCAUACGCAGGUCACUUCGCUGCAUUCAAAACGGUUUCUAAAGUCCUCCAAGCAGGGUUCUGGUGGCCGACUAUGUUCAGGGAUGCUCAAGCCUACGUAGCCAGGUGCGAUGCAUGCCAGCGACUUGGGAACAUCAGCAAGAGGAAUGAGAUGCCUCAGAAUUACAUUCUAGAGGUUGAGGUAUUCGACUGUUGGGGAGUCGAUUUCAUGGGACCAUUCCCUGCGUCCUUCAAGAACGAGUACAUCCUUGUCGCCUUUGACUACGUGUCUAAGUGGGUAGAAGCAAUGGCAAGCUCUACGAACGAUGCAAAAGUGGCGACUAAGAUGUUCAGCUCAAUCAUAUUCCCAAGGUUCGGAGUGCCUAGGGUCGUAAUCAGCGAUGGUGGAACACACUUCAUCAACAAGGCAUUUCAGGGCCUUUUAAAAAAGAAUGGAGUGAACCACAAGGUGGCAACCGCUUACCAUCCACAGACGAGCGGACAGGUUGAGGUGUCCAACAGGGAGAUCAAAAGCAUCCUGCAGAAAACUGUCAACACAUCGCGAAAGGACUGGUCGCUUAAGCUGGACGAUGCGCUAUGGGCCUACAGAACAGCCUAUAAGACGCCGCUAGGAACGGCUCCCUACCACCUGGUGUAUGGUAUAGCAUGUCACCUACCCGUCGAGCUUGAAUACAAGGCUGCAUGGGCAGUCAAGCUACUGAAUUUCGACAUCAAGCCAGCAACCGAGAGACGCAUGAUCCAGAUUCAUGAACUGGAGGAGAUAAGGCACCUCGCCUAUGAAAGAUCCAAAAUCUACAAAGAGAAAACCAAGGCCUACCAUGACAAGAGGAUCAUUGCCAGACAGUUCGAACCAAACGAUAAGGUCUUGCUUUUCAAUUCGAGGCUGAGAUUAUUCCCAGGGAAGUUGAAGUCUAGAUGGUCCGGGCCUUUCACUGUUAAGGAAGUUCGACCCUACAGAGCAGUUGUGUUAUUAGACAGAAAAGGGGACGAGUUUGUAGUGAAUGGACAGCGCGUCAAGCACUACCUUGCUGACUCCACUAUCGCAGAGGGAAAGAAAUUCCCCUAA